AUGUUCCUUCCAAACAACCCAACCCUCCCACAGCCCAUCCUGAAUCCUCCAAUAUUUGGUCAAAUUGGUUUAUAUGGCUCGAUAGGAUCUGCAAUUAAUGAUGAUGAAAGCAUCAAGAUCACUGUGAGAGAACCCUUACCGCAGGAUAUGAAACGUGCAUGGUUAAUGGCAGAGAGUCGUAGUAGUAGUGGUAAUAGUGAUUACAACAGUGUUGCCAAUCGAUCCUUUAACGAAAAAUCUGUUGAAGUUUUGACCUCUCUCGGAGAAGAGGAAAUUCGUUCACUGUUGAAACGGAUUCCACCGAUCCAACAACAUGAUCGAAUGGAAGAAGGUGAAGAGGAUUUUUUCGUGAGAGAAAAAUCACUCAAAGCACCAAUCACAGCAGAAAUCAUCUCUCAAGAAUUUCCACCUUCUCAAAGUUAUGAAAAACCAGAAGAACUCAUUCAAGAAGAGAAAGAAUUGAUGGGAUCAGAAUUAAUGGUAGUUCGUUAUUUACCUGAAGGUAGUCUCUCUGAUGCAUCUGUUCCAUAUUUGAGUGUAACUUUUUCACAACCAAUGGUUUCAGUUUCAAGCGUUGAACAUGUGGAAUUGGAUGAAAAUGUUCCUGUUUGUAUUGAACCCUUACCAAAGAAAGGAGGAAAAUUCAAAUGGUUAGGAACAAAAACACUUAUUUAUGAACCUGUUUAUCGUUUUGACAUGUCCACCAAAUAUAAUGUCACCAUUAAGGCAGCAACAAGAUCUAAAAUUGGUGGUAUUUUGAAACAAGAUGUAAAGUUUUCUUUUGAGACACCAAAACUUUAUUUGAGAGAUUAUUUACCAAAAUAUCAUGGUUCAUUCCCUCUCAAUGAAUUUCCAAUUUUUUAUUUGGAAUUUGAUCAAGAGAUUCAUCCUGAAAGUGUUUUACCAUUUGUGAAUGUGGAUACGACGUCUGAACAAACAUUGAAACUUGUUUCCAAUGAUGGAAGAUCUGAAACACCUUCUGUCAAGGAAUAUAUUUUAGGACUCAUGAAAGAGUUGAAUAUUGAAAAGAAAGCCUCCAAUAUUUAUUAUUCAUACCUCUCAAAAUUAGAGAAUGCUCCAAAACAACGACAUUUAUGGUUCACAUUUUCAGGUCAAGGUUUGAAUCAGAGAAUUGAAAGUUUGAAUGUGACUGUUAAAGAAGGAGUGAAAGGACUUGAAGGUCCAUUACCCACUGAAAAACCAUCCACAUUUCAUGUUAAGAAUUAUCCUUCAUUUACAAUUAUUCAUUCUCAUGAACCUCCCUAUCUUCCAAUGCAACCAUUAAGCAUCUCCUUUUCAAAUCCUAUUGAUCUUGAAACCUUUGAUGAACAUUCAGUGAAAGUUGAGCCUUUCAUUGAAAGAAUGGAAUUGAAUCCAAAUGAUAAUCAUCUCAUCAUUAGAGGAAAAAUUAAGGGCAAUACAACUUAUAAGGUCACAUUCAAUACCUUGCAAGAUGUUUGGGGACAACAUCUUUGUGGCAACAAAUUCAAAACAUUCAACAUUGGAAAUGCUGCACAAUCUCUUCAAGCUUUACAAAAUGGUGUCAUUGUUUUAGAUCCAACAGUGAAUACGAAACCAACUUUCUCUGUGGUUACAAUGAAUUUAGAUGCCAUUCAUUGUCGCGUGUUUCAAGUGGAACCUGAAGAAUACAAUCAAAGUAUCUUUAGUUAUAAUGCAUACAGUAACACCUCAGAACAUAAAUUUCCUGGAAAACAAGUACUUGAUGCAACUUUGAUCAACACUAAUGGAAAACAAGAUGAGCCAUGUGAUACUGAUAUUGAUUUAUCACUUUUACUUCAAUAUCCAAAAGAAAACAUUGGACAAUUAUUUAUUGUUGUUGAACCAGAGAGAAACAGUUGGAAAGGAACUUGGAAUCGUCGACCCAUUCAUCAAGCAUGGAUUCAAGUGACAAAACUUGCGAUCGAUGCCAUUUAUGACAACUCGGAUUGUACUUUAUAUUAUUGGGUAAAUUCAUUGAUGGAUGGAUCCAUGAUCAAAGAAAAUAUUAUUGUGAAAAGUGGAUCUAUUUCAAGUACUCCUGAUCGAGAGAGUGGUAUUGGAAUGAUCACGAAAAAGAUCACUCAAGUGAAUAGCUAUUGUCCAAUUGUUGCAUUCCAUGGAAAUGACAAAUGUUUCAUUCCAGAUGUUUAUUUCACUCGUCAUUACGAACAAUCAGGAAUUAUUUAUCAAAUUUUCAAUGAUCGAGGAUUAUACAAACCUGGAGAGACCGUUUCAAUUAAGGGAAUUGUUAGAGAAAUUGUAAGAGAUCCAAUUAAGAAGAAGUACAAUGUUGAAUUUCCAAAACACGAUCAUUACAAGACAUGUCCAUUCGUGGUACAAGAUUCACGUUCAAGCAAGUAUCAUUCUGGUAGUAUAACUCUCUCAUCCAAUGGAACAUUUGAUUUCACAUUCACCAUUCCAGAUCAUGCAAAUUUAGGAAAUCACUUUAUUCAUUUCAGUCGAUUGUCCAUGUCUCAUUCGUUCAAAGUCCAAGAAUUUAGAACACCUGAAUUCAACUCGAGUUGUAAUAUUCAACCUGGAACUUUUGUUGUAAAUGGUCCACCUGCUUUGUGUACUACUCGAGCUCAGUAUUACAGUGGUGGUGGCAUCUCUGGAGGUACUUGCUCAUACAUCAUUAGACAACGUCCAACAAGUUAUGUUCCACCUAAUCGAAGUGGAUAUUCAUUUGGAAAGAACGAUUCAUCAUCAUCACCAUUUGGAAACUUUUUUUAUGGAAUGUAUUCUCCUUCCAUGACAGGAAAUUUCUCCACUUUUCAAGGAAUGACUGAUAUGAAUGGAGAACAUCAAAUUGCAUUAUUAUUUGAAGAAAGUAAUAGAAUUGACAAAGUUCCAAUAUCAGUCACAAUUGAAUCAACAGUUCAAGACAUUAAUAGACAAACCAUUUCUUCAAAAACAUCAUUUGUGGUUCAUCCAUGUAAAUAUUAUUGUGGAUUGAAAUUUGGAAAACAAUUCACGAAACCAAACACACCUGUCAUGGUAUCCUUGUUGACCACAAACAUUAAUGGUGAAUUGAUAGAAAACAUUGAUAUGAAUCUCACUGUUACAACACAUGUGAAGGUGAAAAAAGGAUUCAAAUAUGUUCAAGAAAAAGUUGAAAUUCUCAAAAAGACAUUUAAAUCAAAUGCAGAGACACCAAUUGAAUUUCCAGUUCAAUUUGAAACAGGAGGGACUUUUGAUUUUCAUGUUUCCAUUCGUGAUACUGAAAGUGGAUUACAAAAAUCAUGUUCCAAUUCACUCUAUGUCAUUGGUGGAAAGAACAUGAGAGAAGAACGAGUUGGAAAAGUAUUACAACAAAAAUCUCUUUUACUUAUUCCCGAUAAGAAUGAAUAUCAUGUUGGAGAUAAGGCAACUAUUCUCAUUCAAUCACAAUUGGAUGGAUAUUUAUAUGGUUUAUUAACUAUGAGUAUGGAUGGAAUAUUUGAAAAACCAAUUCCAGUUGAAAUUGAUCCAUCCAUUGGAUGUACUGAAUUUUCAUUUAUCAUUACAAAAGAUCACAUUCCCAAUGUUAGAAUUUCGGUAGAAAUGAGUGGAUCUGAAUCAAGAGUGGACCAUGUUGGAAAUAUUUUGAAUCAUGAACCAAAACAACCUGUAUUUGCCUCUGGAACUUGUUCCAUUAAUGUUUCAAGAUUAAGUCAUGAAUUACAAGUUGAAGUGAAACCUGAAAAGCAAUUUCUGACACCUGGCUCUUCAACAUUGAUUCAAGUGACUGUGAGAGAUGCACUCACUCAGCAAUUAGUACCAAACAGUGAAGUUUGUGUUGUGGCUGUGGAUGAAGCAGUUCUCUCAUUGACCGGAUAUCAAAUUUCAAAUCCUCUCGAUACAUUUAUUACUUCAAGAAAUGCAUCAUGCACUUCAAGAUGGUCUCUUCGAAGUAAUGUUUUUGUCAAGAGCUACAAUGACAUUGUAUUUGUAGCUCCAAUUAGAUUAGACAAUGCCAUGAAUUGUUGUGAUAUUUCUGGAUGCACUGAGAACUGUUUCUUUGCACCAUGCGCUUGUCAUUGUCACCAGCAGUGUCUACCACAAGCUGCUUGCUAUUCCACUCUUGGAGGAUUAGCUACAGAAGAGCCAUCUCAAGCAAUUGCUAUUAGAAGUAAUUUCAAUCCUCUUGCAGUAUUUAGUCCAAAAGCAAUGACUGAUGCCGAUGGUAUUGCCACGGUGAACGCCACACUUCCAGAUAAUUUAACCAAGUAUCGAAUUACAGCAGUGGCUUUGAAAGAUGAGAGUCAUUUUGGAAUAUCAGAAUCUUCAAUGGUUUCUCAAUUACCUUUGAAUAUUAGACCAUCACUUCCAAGAUUUUUGAAUUUUGGAGAUUGUGCAGAAUUUACUUGUGUUUUACAAAAUCAAACUCUCAUUGAUUUGAAUGUACAUGUUGCUAUUCGGUUCACAAAUUUACGUUUAUUGGAUGAAUCAAAAAGAGGUUUAAAUGUUAAAAUUCCUGCAUUGAGUAGACAUGAAUUAAGAUUUCCAAUGAGCACCGAAAAAGUUGGAAUUGCACGUUUUCAAGUUGGAGUUUCCAUUUCAAAUAGAGGAAUUAACUUUGGUGAUGCUGUUGAAAAAGAAAUUCGAGUAUACACACCUGCAACCACAGAAGGAUUUGCAACCUAUGGUGAAAUUGAUCAAAAUGGAAACGUUUUUCAACCAAUUCGUACACCUGAAAAUGUUUAUUCACAAUUUGGUGGUAUCAACAUUAGCACAAGCUCAACUGCAUUAUCUUCAUUAACUGAUGCGUUUAUUUAUUUAUAUUCAUAUCCAUUUGAAUGUUGUGAACAAUUGGCAAGCAAAAUAUUAAGCAUUGUUGCAUUGAAAGAUGUAUUGCAAGCAUUUCAUGUUCCAAAUCUUCCAAGUGAGACAGAAAUGAAUGAAUUGGUCCAAAAAAGUAUUCAAAUAUUGGAAAAUAGACAAUAUCCAUCAGGUGGUUAUUCCUAUUGGUCUUAUGAUCGCUCAAUUAUUUCACCCUAUGUGACAUGUCAUGUUGCACAUUCAUUCGCUCGAGCAAAGAAUGCAGGAUAUCAAGUGAAUUCAAAUACCAUUUCCAAAUUAUUGAAUGUUCUCAAAACGAUUGAACAUUAUUGUAAUGACUAUUCUGAAGAGAGUAUUCGUUCUAUUAAGGCCUAUGCCUAUUAUUGUGCAUCAUUAUUAGGUGAUCAAGAAGUGAAAUAUUUAGCAGAACAAUUUUACAAAAAAGAAGUGCAAAAUGUAAAUUUAGAAUAUUUGGCUUGGAUUGCAACAACAUUGUAUUUAUGUAACUCAAAAACAGCAAAUUCCACAGUGAAAAAAAUAAUUGAAACUUUAUGUAAGAAAGUGAAUGAAACAGCACAAACUGCAAAUUUUGUGACAAGUUAUGGAGACGCUCAAAAUUCCAAGUUAAUCAUGCUUCAUUCAAAUCGAAGAACUGAUGGAAUUUGUUUAGAAGCAUUGAUAACCAUUACUCCUGAAAAUACAAUCAUUCCAAAAAUUGUAAAAGGAUUAUUAGCUCACAAGAAGAAGGGAAGAUGGGGAAAUACUCAAGAAAAUUCAUUCAUCUUACUUGCAUUGAAUACAUAUUUUAGAACUUUUGAAGGUGUAACACCAAACUUUGUGACAAGAAUGUGGCUUGGUGAUGAUUAUUGUGGUGAACAAGAAUUUGUUGGACGUUCAAAAGAUGAAAAAUUGCUUAAAAUUCCAAUGUCUUAUUUAGUAGAGGGCAAUUUCAAUAGUGCUGGAUCAUCAUCCUCUUUAACAACAAACAACUCACAAAGCAAAACAUUAAUCAUUUCAAAACAAGGUGAAGGAAGAUUAUAUUAUAGAAUUGGAAUGGAUUAUGCUCCAAAGAAUAAUGUGUUAGAGGCACUUGAUUACGGAUUUCAAGUGGAAAGAAAUUAUGAACAUGUCACACAAUCAGAACAUGUUAAAUUUGAUAGUGAAAGAAAUUGUUGGAGAUUUAAAGCAGGUGAAUUGGUGAGAGUGAAAAUUCGUGUCACAAAUACAAGUCGAAGAUAUCAUGUGGCAUUGGUUGACAUGUUACCUUCAGGAUUGGAAGCAAUUAAUCCUGAAUUGAAAGGAACAACCUCUACUGCUGAAAUCAGCGCUAAUAUCCAUCACCGUGGAUUUUAUUGUUGGUGGAGUCGACCAUGGUAUGAACAUCACAACAUUCGUAAUGAAAGAGUGGAGGCGUUUUCAUCUUUGUUGUGGGAAGGAAUUCAUGAAUUUAAUUAUGUGGCAAGAGCAACAAGUAUAGGCAGUUUUGUCAUUCCACCAGCCAAAGCCGAAGAAAUGUAUACUCCAGAAAUAUUUGGAAGAUCCUCCACUGCAUUUUCUGAAGUGUAUGAGUGA